UUUUAAAGGCCCAUGUGUUUUUCGGUUCGUUUCUCUAGUGGAAAAGCGUAUGAUUUGUGAAAACGGGGGCCGUAGCGAAGAAACAUACAAAUAACGAAACUGGUAGGCCGAUAAAUCUAUGCGUGUGUAGGGCCUUUAAAGGAACUAGUGUUGUCAAAAAGAGAUUUCACAUGUGAAUUGAAUUAAAAUUUUGUGUUUGAUUUUCUUAUUUGGAUCUUUAACUUUAUAAAAACUUUGGAGCGUAAACUUUAUAAAAAGGAUGUCAUUUACAUCGCGUCUUUGUCGUGUUAUCAACUCGUCGGCACACGUGCAGCGUUAUGCAACUCGCGCGCUUGCCAGUGGAACACUGACAUCAUGGUCAUUUCGCUGGAAUCAACAUUUGGGAAGAAAUAGUCUCCAAUUUGUGCGUUACAUUGCUUCAGAAUCCACAGCAUCAGCGACAGCCGAUGAUAAGGGACGUUUGCACACUAUAAUUAGGCAAACAGAGAAGCCGGUUGGCGAGGUUGAUAAGCACGAAUUUCAGGCGGAAACGCGAAUGCUAUUGGAUAUUGUAGCUCGUUCAUUGUAUUCUGAGAAUGAAGUAUUUGUUCGUGAAUUAAUUUCAAAUGCUAGUGAUGCACUGGAGAAGUUUCGCUACACUGUACAUACAGCUGGAGAAAACGAGAAAAACUAUGAAGCUACGGACCGUUCGCUGGAGAUCCAUAUUGCUACUGAUAAGCAGUUAAUGCAAUUGACGAUACAGGAUACCGGUAUAGGCAUGACACGGGAAGAGCUUAUCAACAAUUUGGGUAUGAUAGCCCGAAGUGGGUCUAAAAAGUUUCUAGAGCAAGUGAAAGAAAAAGGUGGUGGUAUGGAAAAUUCAUCGAAUAUUAUUGGGCAAUUCGGUGUUGGGUUCUAUUCUGCUUUUAUGGUUGCUGACAAAGUGGAAGUAUUUACGCGCUCUUCGAAGGCUAAUUCACAGGGUUUGAGGUGGGCAUCUGAUGGAUCUGGUUCAUAUGAAAUUCAAGAGGCGGAUGGCGUGGCCCAUGGUACCAAAAUUGUUAUUCACUUAAAACCUGAAUGCAGGGAAUAUGCAGAUGAGGACCGCAUUAGAGCGGUUAUUAAAAAGUAUAGUAAUUUUGUUGGCUCACCAAUAUUCCUAAAUGGCCAGCGCGCAAAUGACAUUCAGCCUUUAUGGUUGAUGGAACCGAAAGAUGUUUCACAAGACCAGCAUAAUGAUUUUUACCGUUUUAUUGGUAAUACAUUUGACACACCUCGUUUCGUCCUGCAUUAUAAGACUGAUGUGCCACUUAGCAUACGCGCCUUGCUUUACUUCCCCGAAGGUAAACCUGGCUUAUUUGAUCUGACCCGUGAUGCUAAUGUCGGCAUAGCGCUUUACACACGCAAAGUUUUAAUCCAAUCGAAAACCGACAACCUCGUACCCAAAUGGCUUCGAUUCAUUAAAGGUGUCGUUGAUUCAGAAGAUAUCCCGCUUAAUUUAAGUAGGGAGCUGCUACAGAACAGCGCUUUAAUCAAAAAACUUUCAAACGUGCUGGCAAGUCGAGUAUUACGCUUCCUACAGGAGCGUGCCAAUAAGCAACCUGAAGAGUAUGCCGCUUUUUACAAAGAUUAUGGCUUGUUCUUGAAAGAAGGCAUAGUUACAUCAAAUGACCACAAUGAAAAGGAAAAUAUUGCAAAACUUUUGCGAUUUGAAUCAUCCAAGAAUAUGGAUGGCAAUCGUGUCUCUCUUUUAGACUAUUUUACGAACGUUGGCGAACAAAAAGAUAUAUACUAUCUGGCUGCGCCAAAUCGAAUUCUAGCUGAAUCUUCUCCUUACUAUGAAAGCUUGAAGAAACGUGGUGUUGAAGUACUAUUCUGUUACGAACCCUACGAUGAACUAGUGCUUAUGCAAUUAGGAACAUUCCAAGGCAAAAAAUUAGUAUCUGUUGAAAAAGAAAUGCGUGAGGAUGGCGCAGCCGAGAAUAUAACAGACUAUGGAGAAGGCAGUCUGUUACGUACGCAGAUAGACGAACUCUUGCCUUGGAUAAAGGAGCGACUGAAAGGAAAAGUGGCAAAUGUAAAAGUGACAACGCGCCUGGAUUCGCAUCCUUGUGUAAUUACAGUCGAAGAAAUGGCUGCUGCCCGACAUUUCAUAAGGACACAAAGUCAUCAAUUGCCCGAGGAAAACCGGUUUGCCCUAUUGCAGCCACAACUGGAGAUCAAUCCCAAGCACGAAAUUAUCAAGAAGCUGAAUAAGCUACGAACAAGUGAUCCGGACCUCGCGGAAUUGGUUACGCAACAGCUUUUCGCGAAUGCCAUGGUAGGAGCUGGAUUGGCUGAAGAUCCACGAACCCUGCUAGUAACCAUGAAUGAUUUAUUAACAAAGGCAUUGGAGAAACACUAGAAAAUUUUGCUUUAAGGUGUGCAAUUGAGGAACAUUAGUCAUAGUUUUUAUUUGAUACAAAUUUAGUUGUUUUCGGUAUGAAGA